GAGUAACAAGACGUCGAAGAGAUCGAAUGUGUUUUAGCAUCGUCAAAGUCAAAGCGCAGUAAAAAGUUCAUCUCGAAUCGACGCGCGGUGCACCGGAGAUAAAAUAAAACCUCGUUCCGACAAUUGGCGUGUAGAUUCUCUCGUCUGGGAUCGUGGAAUCGCGUUCAUUUCAUCGAGGAAACGAGUAGGUCGUAAAGAGAAAUCAAAAGAAAUAGAAAAUAAUGACCAACACCAAGAAACAAACCGUUGUCGUUAAACUUCGACGAAACGGUUGCGAUCAGCCUUGGGGAUUUAGAAUCGCUGGUGGGGCGGAUUUGGGAACACCUAUCGUCGUCACCCGGUCGGAGAACGAAGACCUCCUGAAGGGUGACGUGAUAAAAAAGAUCGACGACUACGACGCUAGGGAUGUGCGUCACGUGGACGCCCAGAAUCUACUGCAAAAGUCUGAGUCAAUUAAACUUGUCGUUGAAAGGUCGAAGAUACCGCAGCCCCAGAAAGUGCUGCCGAAAAGUCCUGUGCCCGUUCAGAUUCCCAUCCAAUACGAAACACCUUCGAGAAGGUCACCGGAGGGGGCUAUCCAAAUGUCUCAUAAUUACAUGGACGAGGUCAGGGAAGAACGCAAUUAUCUCUACCAGCCGUACCGCACAACGCCGUUGGUGUUGCCGGGUGCUAAAGUAAAGAAAGAUGCCCCCAUCGGAGAAUCCUAUCUUCGCCAUCAUCCGAAUCCGAUGAUAAGAGCCGCACCUCAUCAUUACGACGCACCGUUACCGGAAGUGGCAAUGAAGCAAAAAGUCGCAGAGACAGUGCUCCAGCGAGUGUUGGGACCAAAUGAUGUUCCAAAGGUUGUUCAUAAGCAAUUCAAUUCACCGAUUGGACUUUACUCCGAACAAAAUAUCGCAGAUACGAUUAAAUGCCAAACAUCGGCAGUCCCCUUGAAGAGGGGCCCAGUCAAGUACGAUCCGAGCAAGAGCGAGGCCUACAAAGCUCUGCAAGAAGAGGCUCUCGGGGAUGUCGUACAAGAAGUUAGACAACCUGCCCGUACAGGAGUAUUUUCACCGCACAAGGCCAACCAAAGCAAGAUCCACCAGCCCGUUUCCAAGAGUUCUUACGGUGCAGGAAUGCGUAGACGUCCCUUCCCUCUCCCUUUCGUUAAGGAUCGCGUCAACGACUUCUAAUUUUGUUCGCAAAAUUUGUGAAUUCUCUAAACGACUCCACCGAGACGAUCCAUCAGAGUGGAAGUUUCAAGAGGAUUAUGUACAGCGUCCUGGGGCAGACCGAUUAUUAAACCGACCAUCCGACUAACAUAUUUAUUUAUUUACUAUUAAAUUAUAAUAUUUAUUCUCAAAAUAAAUGUAAUUUAAUAUACAUAUACCCUUCCGCAUAAACUCUUUUUCGCUCUUGUACCAUAAAAAAUGAAUAAAUAAAUAAAUGAAAAACAAUAAGAAUCGAAAUAAGAGCGAGAAAAGACACGUGUACUUGUUAAUUAUGACUGGAAAUAUGUAGUAUGUAUUAUUUAUUCAUAAAAUAAAAUACAUGAUCGGUUUUGAGUCGAUUUCCUUUUAUGUAGUAUUAUUAGAUUAUAUUUGUUUUGAGACUCUCGCAACGCUCGUGUGACGGUAUAUAAUACCUAAUAUCUAAUCUACUGCUCUACAAAUAUAUGCUGAUAACAAUUACAAAUGUCAUUGAAACUCAAAAUUAUUGUACUCAUAUACGUACGUACAUACGUACGUACAAAUUAUUACACGAUCGUGAUUUGUAAUUUAUUAUAAUGUACUUUUCAGUGCUCACAUACAGUUUAUUUCUCCUU